AUGAUUAAUCGAACUAACUUCCUUCGGCUGAACAAUACAAAGCAGUACACAUUCAGAAUAACGAAAUAUGUUUGUACCGGAGCACCGUAUAAAAGAAGUAACCUACAUUAUUGCAAAACGAUUUUACGUCGCAAUCAACCGACCAUGAUCAACGUAUCCCUCACUGUGCCAGAGGAGGUGUACAUCGGUUGGGUAGUGGUCAAAUUGUACUACAAGUUUGCUACAUACCAACCCUUCUUGAUCGAUGCGGUGUUUGAAGCAUGUGAAUACCUAAAAAAUCGUCCCAUCAAUCCGGUAGUAACUUAUGUGAAGGAUAUAAUGCAGGAAACUGCACCAAGCCUAAUGUCACUUUGUCCUCAUGGACAUACUCCUCGAUCUGUCCCCGCAGGAGAAUAUCGAUUGGACAUAACGUUUUCGCUCCACGAUAACGUGACGGCAUUCGCAUUCGAAACCUACAUCAUAGCACGACGAAAGGGUAUCAUCGGAUCUAUGAUUGAGUGGUGA